AAGGAGCAUAAAAUUGAUUAAAGUGUGUUUUUUUCUCACCAAAGCAUAAAACACAGCUAUAUUACAUUAAAGUGGGGCUUUUACAAAGUCCUUGGAUAGUUAUUUUUAUUGAAAAGUUGAUUUGAGAGCGUUGCUUCUGAAUAUUCAAAUUGUAAGUAACGCGCAAUCAAAUCAUUGUCAAAUCAUUGAGUUCUAGGGGUUUUAAAUAGUAGGCAUGGAGGAAGAAAAUCUCAAACUAUUAUCUCCCCAGCUUUAUUACAAUAUUGUUGUAUGCUCUGAUCCCGCUGGAACACACCAGACUUGUUGUUUUUGGAAACUUUUAUAGAAAUUUCGUUCUUGGCCAUUUUCCUGAGGCAGAACAGAACGUUGUGGAGAUCCAAAGGUCUUCUCCAGGGAUCCUCUAAUCAUCUCAGCCAUCAUGUCUGAAAAGCAACGUGUGUACCAGGGCGUCCGGGUGAAGAUCACGGUCAAAGAGCUGCUGCAGAGGCACAGAGCAAAGGAGGCCAGCAGGAAACCCCAACCGGUUUACUUGGAGCAAAAGGAACUUUGUCCAUCCGUGCCCCAAAGUCGUUACGAGGACCCUCCUCCUGCCGCCCCUCAGGCGCAGCUGCGCGCGCCCUGCCUCCCUGUCAUUAAGAGCUCGUGCAGCCUGCACAUGCAGGCGAGCGCGUUCUGCGACCCCCAGCAGCAGCAGCAGCAGUUCGGGGACUUGAUGUUGCCCAGCAACGACUGCAGUUUCAGUUCCAGAGGAGCCAUGGACUACAACUCCCUGCCUCCUCUGCCCACAUCCUCCCCGCUGCCCUGGAGUCACGCGAUCUCCUCAGACGUGGACUACUACGGCCAAGGGAUGGCGGCCUGCUCCUCGUCAGAGUCCCUGACACUCUACACCCCCCUGGAUCCCAACAACUACUCCCCUCAGGACUCCUUUUCCUCUUCCUCCUCGUCUUGCUAUCACUCACCCACCAGGAUGGAGUCCAGCUUCCACGGCUCCCUCUCAAAACGCUACCCCUAUCAGUACUGCAACCCCCAUCAGGACAAUGUGGCAGAAUGCUGGCCGGCCCAGCUGGAGAGCACCCCCCUCGAUGAGUACCCCCCCUACCACCUCCCCACAGACUAUCCCUACAUCCAGCCUGUGGAGGAGAGCUACUUCAGGAAGGAUUUCCCUCUGGGCUCUGAAAUGUGUUACAAUAUUCUAUGAUGAGGAGUUCCAGCAGUAUUACAUUGUAUCCUGUCUGUACACUGCAAAAACACAAAAUCUUACCAAGUAUUUUUGUUCUAGUAUCGAUUGCAGAUAUCCUAGUAUACUUGCAAUAAGACAAAACCAACUUAAAAUGAACUUUUCAGCAAAAAUAUGAUUGUUUCAAGUCAAUAAUUUCUUAAUGUU